AUUGGGAUGAUCUGUUCAAAAAAAAAUUGGAAUGAUACAAAAAUAGACAAAAUAUGACUUUUUUGAUGAUAACUGAAUAGUAAAAACAUUCAUAAUAUAACUCAAAAUUUAAACAAGAUUGUUUUUUGAAACCAAAAUUUAAACAUAUAUUUCAGAAUUUUAGAAGAAAUAACUGGUUUAUUUUUAUCAUUAAUAACAAAUAUUUUCAAAUAAAAUAAAGCCCAUAUAUACUUUCAGAAAUAAAAUACCAAUACCAAUGUAUGUAUAUAUAUAUAAACCCUGGGUUUCUUUUAGUUGCUUCCCCCGUUUGCCUUUGUCCGCCGCCCUCCGUCGUCCAGUCCGCGCCACUCAGAUUUUCCUGUUUUGUCUAUAUUCUCAAGCAAGCACGCAUGAAGAUUGAAACCCAAGUUCUGCCUCAAGAUUUGAUAACUGAAAUUCUUUUGAGGUCGCCGGUGAAGUCUCUUGUACGCUUCAAGGCUGUGUGCAAGUUUUGGCGCUUUCUCAUAUCGGAUCCCCACUUUGCAAGAUCACAUUUUAAGCUUGCUACUCCUAAAGUCAUGUUCACUCUCAUUCAAGGCAUUUUCACCGGGGACUUAGAUGCACCCUUUGACUCUUAUCCUUUUUCAGAAGAAAUUCAAGUUGACUUUGUGCCCUACUAUGGUACUAUAUUUUUGGGUUCAUGUAGAGGCUUUCUACUAUUUGAAGUUGGUUUUGAUAAUUUUGACAUACACCACUACCUGUGGAAUCCAGCUACACGUGUUCACAAAACAAUACCUCCAUCUCCUUUAUAUGGUCCUCCUAGGCCUAUAUAUGGCUUUAAUCCUCGUCGAUAUUCCGAGUACUUGAGGUUUCGUCAUGUAUUUGGUUUUGGGUAUGAUUCAUCAAAAGAUGACUACUUGGUGGUUAAACUCUCCAUUCGACCACUUUUUCCCAAUAGAGAUUUUGCACUUGUGCAGAUUUUCUCAUUAAGAGCUAAUAUGUGGGAAAAUAUUGAGUUUACUGAUUCGCCUUGCUUGGACCUCUCUAAAGAACGAAGACCCGGGUUGCUCUUCAAUGGGAUCCUUCACUGGUUGGUUUAUGACAAAGAUAAAUCAAUGAAUGUUAUUAUUGCUUUUGAUUUAAUGGAAAAGACACUUUUUGAGAUACCUCCACCAGAUAAUAUUGCCCUUGAUCAUUCAUCUUGUAAUUUGUGGGGGCAUUCAAGUUUUUUGAGUCUAUCGCUUGUGAGGAGUGAUAAAAUUGAUAUAUUUGUUAUGAAAGAAUACAAACUACAAUCAUCUUGGACCAAGACUCAUGUUCUAUCUUUCAGUGGUAUUCCCUAUUCAGACCAAUUAGGCCCACUGUAUUCUACAAAAAGUGGUGAUAUUAUUGUGGAUUAUGGAACAGAACUGGUGAAGUAUACUGCUAACGGAGAACAACUAAGUAUUUGGGAGCAUCGUGGUUGUCCUCGUGAAUCCCGAGCGCCCAUGUAUACAGAGUCUAUCCUUUCACUCCCGGGUGUGAGUGAGUAAAGCUGAAAAUGAGAUUGAUGCUUAUUUGUAUUGUGAAAUCUUAGCUUGAAGCUUACCCAAUUGCUUUGGGGGUAAUUAUUUUAUUUAAAAUAAGAUAUUUGCUAUGUUCUUUAAGUAAACUUGAUACUACAAUUGUUAGGCAGAAUUUAGUGGUAUUUAUGCACAAAUGAUGCGUACGUCCUUGUCCUUGUCCAUUUUAACUUGAAGAGUGCAUGAAA